AUGGACUUGCUAAAGCCGUUCGAAGAACCGGACUUGCGGAUAAUUAUGCCUAACCCCGUGAGUUCGGAAACCGAUGAAGAGAUGAGCGCGACGGAACGACGACGCUACAAAGCGUACACCGUAAUGCAACGAUCGGGUUUUCAACAUACUGAGUAUGUCAAAAUCAUGGUGCAUCUAUGUAGAGCAGAGCUGGCGAUUUCCUUUGCGUUUUUGGCGCAUGGACUCACUUGUCCCGGUUACCCAACCGAAGCAGAGUAUCAGAGCACCUGUCACAUGAACACAGUAGCAGCCCUGGUGGGGCUUCUCACUGGUGCACUUGGACUUGGAGCAGUGCACAGAUAUCGUUGGCGCACAAUGCUAAUGAUGUGGUUGAUAUGUUGCAUCAUAUCGGCUGUAGGAAAUUUAUUGGCCGUAAUUACCACUGGCAUUUGGCUCGACCAUCUCUCAAAAAUGAAAGAUCGUACAGGACUUGUGAAUGGCCUAUCCGGAUUCAUGUUGCUUUCAUCGGUAGCUGUGGGUGUUUGUUUCAUUCUGACAGCAGUAAUGAUUUGUCACUACUGGAAUUCGAAUUCUCCCAAAUAUCAACCCGUUGGGAAAAUUGCGAAACGCACAAGACUUCGUCGUCGUUUAUCGCGACUGAAGAGUGGUGAAAGACCUGUGAGUAAAGGUUACCACGUUGUCUGAGCUAAUUUUUCGGAAAAUGGUAAAAUUUCUUUCUGAUAUUCAUCAACUUCAACCCCAAGUUGAGACACUAUUCAAAAAAAUAGCCCUCCUCACAUGGUUUUUUUUUCAAAUUGUCAAAUAUCGUUUUUACGCAAAUGCACACUGCCUUUGUACAGAUGUUCUCAAGACAAUCUCAUCGGGUCUAAUUGUUGAUUUCGAUCAAAAAGUGAUGUGUUAGAAACUUUCAGCCAUCGAUUGCCUUGUAUGACUUUUCUCUCAUUUGAUCUUUUCUCCUGCAAGAAUUCUAUGUGAUAAUCAACGUAUAGUAUUAAUGUACCAUCAUGCACAAAUA